AUGGCGACCGGAAGUUACCGACGCACUAAUGACUCCUUUCAAGAAAUGGCGGCUCUAUUGACCAUGGGCGCCGCCUCUGACGGCCUGGACAUGGGCGGGUGGCGUGCACGGAUCGCCGCCCUGCGCGAGUCCAGAAAACUGGUCCUAGUCAUCGUUGCUAUCGCGCUCCUCCUUGACAACAUGCUGUUGACAACUGUUGUGCCGAUCAUCCCGGAAUUCCUAUACGACAUCCAGCACCCGGACGCUCCCCUCUCUGUCGCCCUGGAAGAUUUAACGACCCCCGCACCACCAACUACCCCCUACUGCCCCUGCCUCAAUGUGACAAGUGUACCUCUGGAAAAUGUGACGCAACUGAACAUAACAGCGGAGAAGGAAGUCCGUCACCAAGAACUGAUCCAUGAGACAGUGGCCGUGGGGGUGAUGUUCGCCAGCAAAGCCAUAGUGCAGCUGCUGGCUAAUCCUUUCGUUGGUCCUCUAACACACAAAAUUGGCUACAGCGUGCCGAUGUUCACUGGUUUCAUCUUGAUGUUCCUGUCUACGAUCAUAUUCGCCUUCGGUCGUUCCUACAGCGUCCUUUUCAUUGCGCGCGCGCUGCAAGGAAUCGGCUCAUCUUGUUCCUCCGUUUCCGGUAUGGGCAUGCUGGCUGAGAGAUAUCCGGAUGAUAAGGAACGUGGGAAUGCGAUGGGAAUUGCAUUGGGUGGUUUGGCGUUGGGCGUGCUCAUCGGGCCUCCGUUUGGUGGGCUGAUGUACGAGUUCGUGGGGAAGACUGCGCCCUUCCUCAUGCUGUCGGCCCUGGCUUUGGGAGAUGGAUUGCUGCAGCUGAUGAUCCUCCAGCCAGGAGUCGUUCGACAGGAGACCGAUCCGCCGUCACUCAAAGCUCUAAUCACGGAUCCCUACAUACUUGUUGCUGCCGGAGCCAUCACUUUUGCUAAUGUUGGCAUAGCCAUGCUAGAACCCAGUCUACCCAUCUGGAUGGCAGACACGAUGGAGGCAAGACGCUGGCAGCAGGGCGUGGCUUUUCUACCAGCCAGCAUCUGUUAUUUGAUCGGUACGAAUCUUUUUGGACCCCUGGGACACAAGAUGGGACGCUGGCUCGCUGCUUGCUCGGGACUUAUCAUCAUUGGCUUAUGUCUCAUUCUGAUCCCGAUGGCCCGAAAAAUGGAGCAUCUGAUAAUUCCCAACGCUGGACUCGGCUUCGCUAUUGGCAUGGUGGAUUCGUCUAUGAUGCCGGAAUUGGGAUUCUUGGUGGAUAUACGCCAUGCAGCAGUUUAUGGAUCUGUUUAUGCGAUUGGUGACACAGCUUUCUGUUUGGGCUAUGCUGUGGGUCCAGCGUUCUCUGGAGCAUUGGUCAACAGCAUUGGAUUCGAGUGGAUGUUGGUGAUCAUCGCGUUACUGAACUUUGCGUAUGCGCCAGUGUUGCUGUUACUUCGCUCCCCACCGGCUAGAGACGAAAAACAGAGUUUAAUAAUUAGCGAGAAAUCAUCAGUACGCUACGUUAGCUAUCAGAACGAGGAAGAAGAAUAA